CUCGCACAAAAUAGACGAAGUGCUAGAGUAUAAUUUGUACCAAAUACACUGCAUUGUAUAUUGCAUUGUAUGCAUUAGUUUCGUCAAAUCAUUGCAGAAAAAAACAAGUCUAGCCUAAUUUCGGAUGUUGAUUGGCCAAAGAACACCGUAUCCCACAAGCCAUAGCUUUGUGUUGACAUACAACAAUGGCGGCCACCAAUGCCAAUGUGGAAGUUAUGGGUAAAACAGGGCUGUUAAAGGACUCUUUAGCAAAAGUUGGAUUUGAAGUCUACCCUCUAAAGGUUGGGUGGUAUAACUCAGUGCUGCCUCUCUCCCUACGCCUGGCUUACCCAGAUGACACCCUGGCCAUGGUGGUGCUCAGCACCCCUGCUAUGUUUGAACAUGCCUUCCUGCCCUUCAUGGAGGAGAGGGGCUGCCAGAAGCUGUCUGACCCCAUAGACCAAUGUGUUAAACACUGCAUCUCCUCUGCUGUCUCCGAGUGUUUCCCAGGACAGGAGGUGGAUGUGAGCUAUGACUACGAGUUGCUGCCCAGCAGGAAGCCAAAGUUCUUGGCGCAGACUGCAGCUCAUGUGUCUGGAGCAGCUUUCUACUACCAACCGUCUGACGUCAGAGACCAUCCCUGGGCUGAAAAAAAGAUGUUCGGAGUGUGUGUGCAUCCUAGGUUCGGGGGCUGGUUUGCCAUCAGAGCCCUGUUAGUGUUUGGAGGCGUGACGGUGGACUCUGAGAUGGUGCAGCCCGAUCCACCUGACUGUGUGCCUUCAAGAGAGGGCAGGAUACAGCUGCUGGAGGCUUUUAACUUUCACUGGCAGGACUGGACCUACAGAGACAUCGUCCGUCCAGUCCAGAUCUACUCUCAGAAACAGAAGGACUACUUUUCCACUCCUCCUGCUCAGCGGUUCGCUCUGCUUAAGACUUGGGGCUUCCUGCCGAGGGAAGGCGACCAACCUGAUUCGACCACGGACGCUCAGAGCCAGGUGACAGGACAUGGCUGAAACAGCUGCACCGUGGAAGUGCUGCACAUUGUCUCUGAGCACAAGCCGCCACCGCUAAGCUUGUAAGGUUUUGGUGGAAGCUUUUAAAGGUACAAGGGAUUCUUUUUAGGGACUUUCCACAUGAACAUUUACUGCUUUAUGAUGUGUUUCAUCAUAUUCUCACACUACUGAGUACAAGUAGCUCCCGUGUCAUUUCAUGGACACAUGGGGUGGCAUCACCUGCCUGCCUUGACUUUGUAUCUUUACAUGCUGAUUUUUUUUUUUUUUAUCAUAAAGAGGACAAACACUUUUUCUAUUUAAUCAUUUCUGGAUUAUUUCCAUUUCAUUUACUAGUGAAGUCAUAAAAAUAAACAAUACAGACAUUUAUGAGCAAGGAUUUUAUUUGAUGGUUUCCCCAUUGUAGAAAAACACAACAUCAUUGUGUUUUCACCUACCUCUAAUUGUUUUUCAUCUCUUGAGGUUAUUGCUUUCAACUCAAUAGAUAGGAGCCGUGAAUUUCUUGUUAAAUAAUGAAAAAUAACUGAAAAAUGAGUGUUGGUCAUAUUAAUCGGUGCUUUUUAUAUUUCAUCCAUAUUGUUACUUGAAUCAAAUCGGCCUAUGAUG